AUGGCUGCCCCAACCCCAGACAGCGUUCCAGAGAGAUCGCAUCUUCUCUUUGAACAGAGCCCUACCGAGGAUGAGCCUUCUCCUGACAAUACCGCCAAAGGAACAUCUACGUCAAACACCGAUAAGCAAACAAAACCGCCAUUUUGGCUAAGCAAGUAUGCAUUGCUCAUGUUUUGUGUUAUUUUCAUCACCCUGGCCGCCUCUCUUAUCGUUCUCAAGUACGUCUCUGACGCUCAGGAUGGUUUCCCGCUCAACUUCUCCUCCAGCGAGUAUACUUGGACUUAUGGCCCAACCGCCAUCCUUGUCAUCGUCCUGAGUCUCUGGAGACGGGUCGAUUAUUAUUUUAAAUCAGCUGAACCUUGGAGAGAACUUCAAUCUGGGCCUGUGGUUGCAUCCAAGUCUUUGCUUCUCGAUUAUGUUUCGCCCUUCCAGCCAUUCAGCGCAUUCCACGCUUUCAGAAUUGGCCAUUACCGAGUUGUUGCGACAAUCUUGUCCUUUUUCAUCCUCAAAGGCACUAUCCUUAUCUCCACUACCCUCUUUUCCGUUCAAUCAUCCCUCCACCAUCAAUUGUUCAACAUCACAUACCGAGAUGUUUUCGACGCAGAGAAAGCUUGGACCUCUCCGGCUUUCUACUCAACCUUGCAAUUUGAAGACUGUGUCUUCUUCAGCGGGGGCUCCGAUCAGGGCAUCUGGCACUAUCUCGCACGCCUGAACAAUGCCGUGGCAAAUGAUUCUACUUGGAAAACUGUUGAUGGAAGAGUGACGCAGAGAUUCACCCCGCCACAAUCGGUGUUCAACCUAACAGCACUCGAAGCUCCCGUCGAUGUUUUCGUUCCACAUGUCGCCUGCGAAGAGGCCACUUUAUCUAUCGACUAUGAUGUUCGUAGGAGUCGUGUGGAGUACUCUUGGACCUCAGACACUUGCUCUACAGGAAGGCAUGAUGCUUAUCUUUGUCCUGAUCAUAGGGCUUCGGGUUACAACAUUACGACCUGCGGAGAAACGCCCCGGGCAUACAGUCUUCAUCGUGCAAACUGUUCAACGAGUCUUACACAUGAUGGUGAUGCUGAGUAUCGCUGGUCAGAUGAUUUAGAGGACCAUGACAUUCGAUACGCGAUUACAGUCGCGCAGUACACGAUUGAUAUGGAUGUCGCGGAGCAUAACGUCUCCCAAGCCAUAAGCCUCGUCAAUCAUUCGGCUGUUAUAUGCAAGAUUGGGUAUAAUAUUGUGUCAGGUUCCGCAACUCUAGAUGUGCUUUCCGGGGACGUCUCGUUGAAUCCUGUGGAGAUGAAUGGGGGAAGACAGUUGAAGAAUUUGACCAACUCAUCCCUGGCAGAAAUGCUUAUAACAAAUCUUGACACUUCGUCGACGGCUCUCGUUGUUGAUAAGAAUGUACCUAUCAUGACAAUCGAGCCUGGUGUCACUGACAUGGGCUGUGGCGCUGGCGAUGCAUUUGCUCAACUAAUCGCUGUAAAGCUUGGGGAACACUUCAAGCCUAGCAUUCUCUGGCAGCCCUUUGUACUCAGAAAUAUUUCCAUUGACAUUCUAGAAGGGCUGCUUGACGAGUUUGCUCGAGAGUCAUUGCUAGUGAACAAACUUACAAAUGGCACCGCCAAAGGCUUGGUAAAUGAGACUCGGCUUCAUAUGCGGACUCUGGCUGUUUGUACUAUGGCUGCAAGCUUCUCAGUAUUGGCGGCAAUAUGCUUCCUGAUGCUCAUUUUCUCUCCCGAGAGUCUCUGGAUCCCUUCUAUGUGCGGUUCAAUCGCUGGCCAUGCCGCUAUAUUAAUCAACAGUCCAUCACUGCAAGAUUUGCUACGGAGCGAGGGGCAGUCAAGCGAAAAGGAGCUGGCUGAUAGCUUGAAAGACAUUACAUUCAAGACAGUUGUUAAUUCUCCCGGGAAUCUUGGUGUUGAAACUAGUGAGGAAAGCCCCUCGCUGAGCGAUAAGUCCGAACCAAAGAGCUUGAAGGAUAGGAAAUCCUGGACCCCGAUAUCUGGGCGGCGUCGGUUUGUCGUCGCAACACUGGCAUUUCCUUUGUUGGCCAUAGGAGGUCUUGAACUCUUACAACAACUGUCGAACAAGAGGCAAGGUCUUGUUGAUAUGCAUAGGACCGACUCAACCUCCAUUUCAUACACAAUACGCAUAGCUUCGACGGCUACUGUCUUUGCCAUAGCCACAUUGGUCAACAGCCUAGAUUUCACUAUAACAGCCUUUGCUCCUUAUAGCAGUCUUCGGGGAGCCAAUUCACCCCCUGAAAGAAGCAUCUUGUUUCAUUUGCUCUCUGUGUCUCCAUUCCUGGUCUUCUUCAAGUCAUUGAGGGCUUGUCAUUUUGGCCCCGCCGCUUCCAACAUCUCCUAUCUCUUGAGCAGCUUUCUUACAAUUAUCGUAUCUGGUCUGUGGACUCUCACUGGUCCUGUCACCUUAGAGGGACCAUUCUCUGCCAUGGUGGGAAAUUGGCGGUCUACGUGGCCUGUUGGGGCUGUUGACGAUGGCGGGGCAGCAAUGAUUCUCAAUCUGGUUCGAUAUGGCGGUGCCAACACGUCCUCUAGUAUUUGGCAAGAUUUGGUGCUACCACGUGUCAGCCUUACCUCAUCUACUCCCAUAUCUGAUGAUAUAUACCGAUCUGCCAACUACACAUACGCCAUAGGAGGGUUACGGCCACUACUUGACUGCUCCGUAGCUCCACAAGAGAAUCUGACAAUGACAAUGUGGAGGGACGUUGGCUGUCGUCUUGUAGCCAAUGACGAGGAGCAGGACUGUUCGUUCAAACGCACAAGAGUAACCCUUCGUCGUCCAGAAGGCUGUGAAGGCCAUGAUACAGACGGCACCUUCUCAUUUGGCACUGCGACGGAGGGAAGGGGAGCUUUUGAAGCCCCGAGGUGGGUUGGCAGGUUCCUGGAUCUGAACACAAUUCUGGCUGGUUCCAAUGCCUCUUGUCCGACGAUCGGAGUGCUCUUUGGACAGAUGGGAAGCAACGAUACAUCCGAUUGGAACAUGACAGCUUUAGUAUGCACUCAGGGACUUGAACAAGUCCCUGUAACCGUCACAUACAAGGGCAAUCCGUCCCUCAGAGAGAUUAAUGAGCAACAUCCACCGAAGCUGGAAUUAGAAAAGGCAUGGAGAUGGAUCAAUGGUACCUCAAAGUCCAAAGCAUUCGGAUACCAGCCUGGACGCUUUCUCGACGCCGAUCUAACGCCGUUUCCAAUCGAUGAACCUGAUACCAGGACGUUUGAUGAAGACGACGAUCCCUUUUUUGAUCACCUACUGCAUGGUCCUAACAGAAUAGAAAGGGAGAGUCUCCUUGGGCCAAGCAACACUGAGAAGUUGAUUCGCGCUGUCCAAAGAGACUACAGUGAAUACAUGAGACACGUAAUUGAUCUUAACUUUCGUGCAAAUAGCAGCAACGCUCAUGACGAUCUCAUCUCCGCCGAAGCUUUGCCGAACGCGAGGCCAUCAUCAGUCGCUACCGAGAUAACUGGGACGACAUCUGCACAAGUCACUCGUCUCGCCAUUCACACGACUUCAAAGCUCCUACUACAAAUUCUCCUAGGUUUAAUGGCCCUCCUUAGUUUGGCGAGCUACCUUCUUGUAAAGAUAGACGGAACACUUCCGCGCAAUCCGUGCAGUAUUGCGAGUACCAUGGCAUUCCUGGCUGGAUCUCAGCUAUGCGAUCGAGAUGCAGGUAUUAUACCGCAAGGAGCUGAGCACAUGACUGAUGGACAGCUGAAGGAGGUUUUCGAUGGCUGGGUGUUUAGUCUUGGGUGGUGGCAGAAAGAAGAAGCUUCGGUGGAGUCCGAAGAGCCGAAUGAUGAUGCGAGUACAUUGGGAGACAGAGAUGUUCCAGAUGAGGCACAGGAAGGUCAAAGAACUCCUGGCAGAUUUGGUAUCGAUGUUGGGCGAGCGAAUGUUUCCAAGUUCUAA